GAUCCAAGUGCUGAAGGUGGAUUCAUGAAUAACAGUGAUUACGAACAAAUUAUAAAUGAUCUAAGGGAUGACAACACAUUCUGUGAAAUGAAAUUUUCACCGCCAGACAUAAAUUUUGCGAGAAUUACUAUGGAAGAUGCUGCAGAUUCUACAGAUGAACACAAGUUAAUCAUCGCUUGUUCACCGACCAGCCCUCUGCCCUGCACAGAUAUUUAUCCUGGGCCGUACAACUUUGAGCUCAUGCUUGACACACUCACCAACCACAAACGAUCUUGGGUGUACUCGGAGGUGCUACAGAAAGUGUUUAUUGACAUGAACAAGACGUUGUUGGUACAGUUCAGGCUGAGCAAGGCUGUGGGGGGACUGCAGGUGCGAGCUUUGCCUGUCUACUCCACAGCUGAUUUCCUCAACAUCCCUGUACAGAGAUGUGCCCUCCAUAUGCUCAACAGUGAUCCUCUGCAUCAGGCUCACUCGGAAGACAACAAGACGUGCUACUGCCCGAGCUACAACUGGGUGAGACAUGUAGUCCAGUCGUCCCACGCAGGAGCGAUGUACGACUAUGACAGCUCUAGUGAUCGUCACAGCGUAGUGGUACCCCUGGAGCUGCCUCAGCCAGGCUCUGACACGGUGUCUGUGGCUUAUCAGUUCACCUGUAAGACCAGCUGUCCUCAGGGUAUGCAGAGGAGACCCAUCUCUAUCAUCUUCACUCUGGAGACUGCCCAGGGAGAUGUUGUAGGGCGGCAAUGCUUAUCUGUGAAGAUCUGCAGUUGUCCCAAGAGAGAUAAGGAGAGAGAGGAGGCAGACAAUCCGUUGUCAGAAGGAUGGUCUUCUCUUGACACGUGCACCAAGCCCAAGAAGAGGUCAGGGGAGUACAAAGGCUACUCAAAGAAGGCUAAAAUGGAAGCUAGUUUACAGUUGAAAAAUUCAAAUGAGUUUGAACAGAGGCUUGAACAAAAACUAGACAAUUUGUCAAAGCAAAUCUCCAAACUGACUGAUAUGAUAGCUCGUAUGGAGGAAUUACAAACAAAAAUGGUCGAGGCUUUGUUGCAGCUAAUGCGACAAAAUACUUAUAAAGAUAUCUAAGUGGCCAAUGAAACUGAUGUUUUGGAUAGAAGUUAAUAUAAACAAGUCUGUGAAGAAUCUCUCUUUCAGUGCUAUAAAAUAUUUAUUUUAGAAGUGUUAUUUUAAUUUUGUUUUUAAUUUGAACUAUCAUAUUAGUUAAUUUAACUAACAUUAUUGUUCUUAAUCGUGUGAUGCCUAUUGUUGUGAAAACAAGAUCUCAAGUGUUAAUUUUAGUUUUUUUAUACAUUUAUUAUUAUUAAUUGUUGUUUAAAACUUAUUUUGUUUUAAAAGUAAGUUUGUUUCACCACUCAAGUGUUUAUGAUUUGUUU